AUGUCAACCUACGCAAUCCUCGGUGCCACCGGCAACUGUGGCACGGCUCUCAUCGACAACCUGCUGCGCACCGACAAUGCACGAAUCAACGCCUAUUGCCGCAACAAAACCAAGCUGAUCCAAAAGGUUCCCGCAGUAUCCGAGAGCAAGCACGUUACGGUCUACGAAGGGAGUAUUUAUGAUAUCGAUCUCCUGGCAGACUGCAUCCGCGACACCCGCGCCAUCUUUCACGUGGUGACUACAAACGACAAUGUUCCCGGCUGUCACGUCGGCCUGGAUACGGCCAAGAGCAUCGUCGCGGCGAUCGAGAAGCUAAAGGUCCAGAAUCAACUCCGUGCACCUCUCCCCACGAUUCUCCUGCUCUCCUCCGGUACGAUCGAUGACCAUCUGAGCCGUCAUAUGCCGUGGUGGUUCCGCUCCAUCCUUCGUACCGCCGCGUCACAUGUCUACGAGGACCUGCGCAAGACCGAGAUCUACCUCCGGGCACAGCAGGAUCUUGUAUCGACCAUCUUCAUCAAACCUGGUGGACUGGCUGUGGAUGCGCAACGUGGUCACGAGCUGAACCUUGACCACGACGAAUCGUUCGUCUCGUACCUCGACCUGGCUGCGGGGAUGAUCGAGGCCGCGGAUGACAAAGACGGGCGGUACGUGAUGAAGAAUGUGAGCGUGGUGAAUAGAAACGGAUCGGCCAAGUUUCCGUCCGGGACUCCCUUGUGUAUUGCCACGGGUUUAGCGAGACAUUUUUUGCCUUUUCUGCAUGAGUAUUUACCAUCCACCGGUCCUAGCUAG